UGCUGACACCUUCUCCUGCGCGCUCAACAAGGGCCCCUCCACACCACACACAUGGCCUGCUACAACCUCUGCCGCCCCUGCGGACCCACCCCGCUGGCCAACAGCUGCAACGAGCCCUGUGUCAGGCAGUGUGAGGACUCCCGCGUCGUCAUCCAGCCUUCCACCGUGCUGGUCACCCUGCCAGGACCCAUCCUCAGCUCCUUCCCCCAGAGCACCGCCGUCGGAUCCUCCUCAUCCGCUGCCGUGGGCAACGUCCUGGGUGCCCAGGGAGUGCCCGUCUCCUCUGGGGGCUUCGGCUACGGCCUUGGCAACGGCUUCGGAGGCCUGGGUUGCUACGGUAGUGGAAGGGGCUGCAACAUCUGCUAA